AUGACGUCCACGAGAUCUUCGAGGCUGGAAACCGAAGACGAGCACAGAAGGAGAGUGCUCGAGGAUGCAGUACUAGCUCUGGCUAGUCGGGAUAACUGCCAGAAGCAGGGGCAGACCGCAUUUGAUAAAGUCUUACAGAUGCAACCUCCUUCAUAUAAUGGUACUACUGAUCCAGUGAUAUUAGAAGGAUGGAUCCGGACAAUAGAAAAAGUAUUCCGGGCGACCAGAUGCCCGGAAGAAGAGAAACUUGAUAUCGGCGCUUAUUAUUUGGAGGGUGAAGCUAACAACUGGUGGACAAUGCUGCACCCACAGUGCACUGCUGAUUCAAACUUUAGAUGGCCAAAAUUCCUAGAGAAACUAAAGAAAAGAUUCUAUCCUGCCGCACUGAGGUGGCGUAAACAGGAGGAAUUCAUGAAUCUGUCCCAGGGGAGCAUGACCAUUCAAGAGUAUACUGAUAAAUUUACUGAGAUAUCUAGGUUCGCCACUCAUGCCUGCCCAACCGAAGCUGAGAAGGUUCUACGGUACAUCAACCGUAUGGACCCAAGAGAGCAGAUUCCGGUGAUGAGUUCGAAGCCUGCAACGUUCCAAGAGGCGUAUGACAUAGCCUUGAGUAUCCAUACUACUAUCCUAUAG